AUGGGAAUGCAGAUGAUGAUGUUUGUGACAUUAGUUGUUUUUGUUGUUGUUUGCAUGGGAGUAUCAUGUAGUAGCAAGAUGAUGGUUAAGAUUGGUGAGCUUGAAGCAAUGGAGAUGGAUUCAGAGAUUAACAAAAGGAUGUUAUAUGGGAUUGAGGAGAAGAGGUAUAUUAGUUAUGGAGCUCUUAAGAAUGAAGCAGUGCCAUGCUCAACACCAGGAGCUCCAUAUUACAACUGCCAUGGUGGUGGAUCUAAUCCUGCAAACACUUACUCUAGAGGCUGUGAGAUUAUCACUAGAUGUGCAAGGGAUGCUUCUCCUUAA